ACAACCUCUUCACUUCCAAUUCUUCACACCCUUCCACCACACAUACACAUUCACGUACCUAAAAACCACGUGCACACGCGUACGCGCACGCGACAGUCCACCAUGUCAUUCAAUAAUCACACCCCCAACAACAUCAACAACAACAACAACAACAACAACAACAACAACAACAACAACAACAACAACAACAACAACAACACCGAAACCACCAACCUAUCCCCCUCCCUCCCCGCCGAAGAAUCACCCGUCCAAAUCAGCCGAUCCCUCGCAACUUCUCUCGUGGCCAGAUGCCAGGCUCUUCUUGCUGAGCUGGACGCGUUCCAGGCCCUUCUUGUGGAAACUCAACGCAAUCCGCAGGUCGUGGAAGCGCGGUCGUUCAAAUCGAACGUGUUGGCGGAGCUUCGUACGUUGGAGAAAUUGGAGGCGCAGGUUAAGGAGAUUUCUGUUGAGGGUGAGGGUGAGGAUGAUGGGGAGAGUGAUGAGGCGGCGAGGAAAUUAGUUCAUGCGUUGAGGUCGUCGAAUUUGCCGUUUUAUGAGGCCGUUUGGGGAAUUGCGAAGAAUACCUGCCAGGGAUUGUUGGCGUUUGGGAAGAGGUUUUAUUGGGGAGGGAAGGGGGAGGGCGAGGGGGGGAAAAAAGGUGGGGAUGGGGAGAGAAGGGUCGGCAAGGAUAAGCGCAAGAGCGUGUUUGUUGAUAUUGUUGCUGAUGAUGGUGAGGAGUGGGUGAAGGUUUCGACGAUUUCGGAGUCUAGGUUGUUGUUUGAGAUGGCUAAGAAGGGCUGGGAGGCAGACUCGGAGUCUGACCAUGACGGCGAGGCCAGAACGGUUCUACGCAACUAUGAUGGGGACGAUGACGACGACGAUGACGAUGAGAUCGAGCUUAUCAAGUUGGCCAGCGAUUUGCGCAAGGCUGCUGAUGCUACCAGAGUCAAGUACAAACGCCCUCGCCUACGAUUUGUCAUUCCGAAGAUUGAAGAGGGCAGUUCGGAAAUUGAUGGUCUUUUGAAGAUUAUCAGAGGCUAUGGAAUCAAAGUGGACUGCGGGGAGAAAGCAUAUGCUGUGCCUGAUGCCCAGAAGGGCUUGUCUCAUCUCCUUCCUAAGCCUUUCAAACGCUUCACCUCCCCUCUGAAUGUGGAUUGCACAUUGCUGCUCGCGGCGGUCUCGGACCUGUCGCAUUACAAGACUAUCAACCAAUCCCCCGAGCAUCAUAAAGCCAUCAAUCGACAGAUCGCGGUUGAGCAUGAGCGACCAUUGUUGCCCACCGAGCUAUGGCCUGCAAUGGCUGCCCACGAGCUCGUGUGUGUCGAGGAGGCUGCGCGACGGAUGAAAGAAAUCGUGAACAUUAUCGGCACUGACACAGAAAAGCUGCGCAUGCGAAUUUUGACUGGUGAAGCCCCGUUCAAUGCCUGCAGCCGAGAGGAACUCAUCCAGAAGUACCAGGAGCUAUCGGAUUAUGAGAUCCCUGCACAGUGGAAACUCCCAGUCAAGACGGUUGAAGCACAGUCGGUGAUUGCAGCAGCGACCGAUAAUGCAAAGCUGCCGCCUGUCUAUCACAAGGUGGCCGAUAAUCUCUCCGAUAUCAACUACAGCGUGUUUCUGUACGGAUGGGCUGCUGGGCUGGCGACCAUCUCGAGCAAUCGCACCGUGGUUAAGGAGAUUGAAUCGAUCGUUGAGAAGCACCGGGAUGGCGACGAACACCUAGAAGGGCCUUUGAUAUGGGUGUGCGAUACCGCUAGGAGCUUGAUAGGCAAGGAAAAAGGCCGGAAAGAUUAGACCGUUCACCUCAAAGAAAAAUAUGAAUAGAUCGAACAUGACGACAGAAAUGAUCCAUGCAUUAGCGGCACUUGAGUCAUUCUAAGCGGAUUGUGAUUUUCGAUUUGAUUUUCAAAGGGGGACAGUCGAAGGGAGCAUGUGGGUGUUGUUGGCGUUGUUGAUGUCGGGACUCGACGGCUCUUACUUUUCAGAAGGCCGGGAGUUAUCCUCCGGAAGCCAGAAUACAGUUUCUUUGUCCGCAGAUGCGAUCAUGUUGUACCUUGGAUUAUAUUCGACGAUGGCAGUCCGUCCUCGGUGUGGCAGUCUAGUUAGUGGUUGCAAUAGACCGUUCGGCUCUGGAGCAGGCUGUUGUAGAUCCCAUACUAGCAUGUCGGAAUGGUCUCCUGAGCCCCCGAUCAAGUAUCGGCCAUCCGGUGAG